AACAGGCUCUACACACACAUGCACGCACACGCAUAAGCACACAUCUCUCCAGAGCGUUGAUUUAUGGAAACAAUUAUUAUUUUGGUGGAGUCUUUCUGAGCUGAGAAAGUUUGUAGCUGCAGUGGUGUGUCUCAUGUUGCAAAAAGCAGACAACAGAAAUGGAAUACUUGGGUAUCCAGCUCUUAUCAACAGGAACAAAUCUUUUACUUUCAGUGCAAGCAGCAAAUUCAAGUAGUACAGAAGGUUACAGCAACAAAGGUUUUUAUAACUUGUGUCUUUAAAGGAUAUUCUGACUGAAGAGAUAUUUAAGAAGCUCUUCUAUUUCGCCAUUAACUAUUAAGGAAUAACGAUCAGAAUUCUAGAAGAGGGAACAAUCUCAUUUAAAUGAAUCUGUAACUCGUAAAGACAGAAGGCAGGUCGGUGACCUAAGAGCAACAGUCUACUUGAGAUUUAAUUUUCAUUAUGUUGUUCAUGAACACCCAGAACACUGCACUAUAAUGCACAAAUGGAUACUGACAUGGAUCCUGCCAAUUUUGCUCUACAGAUCAUACUUUUACAUUAUCUUUCUAAUGGGCACUAUAUCUUUAGCUUGCAAUGACAUGACUCCAGAGCAAAUGGCUACAAAUGUGAACUGUUCCAGCCCUGAGCGACAUACCAGAAGCUAUGAUUAUAUGGAAGGGGGGGAUGUAAGAGUGAGAAGACUUUUCUGUCGAACUCAGUGGUAUAUGAGGAUUGAUAAGCGAGGCAAAGUAAAAGGGACGAGAGAAGCAAACAACAACUACAGUAUUCUAGAAAUCCGAACAGUGGCAGUUGGAAUAGUGGCAAUCAAAGGAGUGGAAAGUGAAUACUUUCUGGCAAUGAACAAGUCAGGAAGGCUCUAUGGAAAGAAAGUAUGCAAUGAGGAUUGCAACUUCAUAGAACUAAUUGAAGAAAACCAUUAUAAUACAUAUGCUUCUGCAAAAUGGACACACAAAGGAAAAGAGAUGUUUGUUACUUUGAACCACAAAGGUGUUCCCAUGAAGGGUAAAAAAACAAAGAAAGAACACAGAGCAUCCCACUUUCUUCCUCUGGCAAUAUCCUAAUCAUACAUGAUCUGUACAGAACUAGUUCCAGCAGGAAGAUUAUUUUUAAGAAGAUUAUUUGACAAGGUAUCAAGAGAGGCUGGAAUACUACUGAGAAACUGAACAAGCUGGACUUGCGCAUUUAUGUUUAUUUUUAAGAGACUACGUGGAAAAGAUUUGAAAAUAUACACAAAACCAGAUUUCCUAACUAAAAGCUGUAAAAAAUUCUAAAGAGUUGUACAAUCAUUAUCUUAGUCAUUUUAACUGGGUAGUUUCUUAAAUUAAUUUACCCUGAAGAAUAAGUCAUGACUUGAUUAUCUGAUAAUAUUUAAUUUAAAUGAAAAAAACACACACACACACACAAAAAAAAAAAACCAGAAAACAA